AGCCCUGGGUCAUGAAGCUACUGGUGCUGCUCGGACUCGCAGGGUCCUUGUGGGCUCAGCCUCCUCCGUCAGUGGUGGUCAAUCUGAACCUGAGUCCAGAAGAGCGAUGGAAGCCUCUGGAGAAAGCGUUUGACAUGAAUACACUGAGAAAAAUCGCAGGAAAAGUCAUUGAGUCACAGAUUCCAAAAUGGAUGCACCGUGCAGUCAUCCCUAUUGUGACGUCCCUGGAAAAAUAUAUUCCCCAGCCUUACGCAGGGGAAAUCCGUGGAAUCGCCAGCAUGAUGAAAACAAAUAUCUCAGAUGUCAUCAUUCUCAACUUUGCGUACGAAUUUACAGCGUACUGCACAAGCAUCGUGGCUCAGGAUAAAAACGGGAAUGUCUACCAUGGGAGGAAUUUAGAUUAUCCACUUCCAGUUCUGAGGAGUCUAACCAUGGACGUAGUCUUCCUAAAAAAUGGAAAGGUGGCGUACGUGGGAACGUCAUUUGCUGGUUAUGUCGGCUUGUGGACGGGAAUGAGUCCCCACAAGUUCACUGUGUCUGCUGACCAGCGGGUAACUAAGCGCCGGGGGAACGGGUGGAGGAACAUCAUGUCCGCUGUCCUGCUUCACAGUUCCCCAGUCAGCUGGCUUCUGAGGGAGACCCUGGAAGAGGCUAAGGACUUCCAGGACGCAGUCAUGCGUCUGUCGAAAAAACCCCUCAUCUCUGGGGUGUAUUACAUUGUGGGCGGGGUGCGAGCGGGCGAGGGGGUCAUCAUCACCAGAGAUCGAAAGGGCCCCGCUGAUAUCUGGCCCCUGGAGCCACUACAUGGAGGAUGGUACCGGGUGGAGGCGAACUUUGACCACUGGCGCACUCCUCCGCCCUCUGACCAUCGCAGGGAAGUAGCCAUGAAGGCAUUGAAUGCUGUGGGACAGAAUCGCAUCAAUGGGCAUAAACUUUAUCAUGUUUUGUCGAAGCCUCCAUUGUGCCAUAGAAAUACAAUCUAUACAACCACUAUGAGAGCAGCAAACCCCAGGGAGUACAUCACGCUUGUCAGACCAGAGGGCUGCCCCUACAAGAUCAACUGAGGUGACCAUCAGGGAGCCAUGGCUGUACCAAAGACUGUUUCUGCUGAUUGUUUGACACAAAAUGAACCCUAAAAAAGGCAUUUACAGUAGCACAAUGAUCUUACUGUGUUUAUGAUGCUGGUUAUGAUGCUGGUCUUUCACCCGACACAAGUUUCAGUCACUUUUACCGAGCUGUAAAAUGCCUGCAAGCUAUGGGCUGUAUUUUUGGAAUAUGGUUCUAGAAGAGGAGGAUGAUUUUUGUUUUUGUCUUUUUGUUUGAUAUUUAACACAAUCAAACUGUGCUUUUAAUGUUUCUGAUGAAUAUUUCACCAAAGAAAAUCAUGGAUAAAAAUGGAUCAGAACUUUAAUUUCGUAUUUUGUCACUGCGGAUUUUGCAAGAAUCACUGUGCAAGCUCAUGUUAGUGAUCUCUGUACCUCACAAUGAGGCGUCUGCAUUUGCCAAUGCCAACCAGUAGCUUUGCACCAUCUUCCUGAGCAAUCCCUCUCAGGUUUGUUUUAUGUGUUUUAGUAGAUGUUAAAAAACCUUAAGAUUUGGACUCAUGUGGGCCGUUUAAGAAUAGUCCUGCCAUAUGUAGAUUUAAGUUCCCAACCUGUUUCACAGUAGGCAUGGAGCUUUUUUUUUUCUCUUAUAGCUUCAUGUUUCAUUCUGUAAACACUGAGCUGAUGUGGUAGGUCAAAAACUAGCAGUUAUCAUAUUCUUAUAGAUGCAUUUUGGAAAUAGAAGUGUUUUUUACUUCUAUAAAGCCCAUUAUGGCUCAAAAUAUGACAAAUUAUGCGGGAGGGAGAGGGGAUGUAAUCUUGAAUGGAUUUGGAUGAUUUUUUUGGCUCUUUGGCCACCAUCCAUCUAAUCAGGUGUAUUUCCUCUGGCAUCCAUGCCUUGGUAAAAUUGACUCAACUCUGAGCCAAUUUUACCUAGUGGAAAUGGCCAUUUUACAUAAGAUCUUAUGUAAUAUAGUCAUAUUACAUAAGAUCAAUUAAAAGAUGAUAUUUUAAACAGAAACGUCAGUGGUCUGUAAAGCUUGUUUCUUUUCAAUGCACUGAAUAUUUGGUUAUGGCUCCUUUAGCAUGAAUUACUGCAUCCGUGCGGUGCAGCAUAGACACAAUCAGUCUGUUGUUCUGCUGAGGUCUAAUAGAAGCCCAGGUUGCUUUGAUACCGACCUUCAGCUCAUUUUCAUUGUUUGGUUUGGUGUCUCUCAUCCUACUCUAGCAGUAGAUCCUGUGUGGGGUUCAGGUCAGGCCAGUUUGCUGGCCAAUCAAGAUCAGGAACACCAUGGUCAUUGAACCAGCUUUUAGUACUUUUUUCAAUGUGGACAGGAUGCCAAGUACUGCAAGAAAAUCAACAUAGAGCUUGUCUGUAGAGGAAAUAAUUAAGUGCUCUAGAAUUUCCUGAUAGAUGGCUGCAUUGACUGUGGACUGUGAAAUUGAGGUUUUCAUUAUCCGCAAGCCAUCAUCA